AGCUCUUCCGGGUCACUGCCGUCUUCGCCGGCUCCAGACUCCGCCCAUGGCCCGUCCUUCAGGCCUUGACUCCGCCCACGCAUCUGACGUAGAAUUUCCAGGCCGGGCUCCCUGAAGUGCCACCCACCAGCGCAGCCGACGCGAGGCUGCUGCUAUGGGGUCGAGCGGCUGUGUGGCGCGGCUGCUCGCGCCACUAAUGUGGCGCAGGGCGGUUUCUUCGGUGGCGGGGUGCGCGGUUGGAGCUGAGCCCGGGCUUCGGCUGCUGGCCGUGCAGCGGCUUCCCGUAGGAGCAGCGUUCUGCCGGGCUUGCCAGACCCCAAACUUUGUCCGCGGCCUGCACAGCGAGCCUGGCCUGGAGGAGCGGGCGGAGAGGACGGUCGACGAGGGACGCCCAGAAUCGGACGCGGCAGAUCAUACUGGUCCCAAGUUUGACAUCGAUAUGAUGGUUUCACUUCUGAGGCAAGAAAAUGCAAGAGACAUUUGUGUGAUCCACGUUCCUCCAGAAAUGAGAUACACAGAUUACUUUGUGAUUGGUAGUGGAACUUCUACCCGACACUUACAUGCCAUGGCCUUCUACAUUGUGAAAAUGUACAAACACCUGAAAUGUAAACAUGACCCUCAUGUUAAGAUUGAAGGGAAGGACACUGAUGACUGGAUGUGCGUGGAUUUUGGCAGCAUGGUGAUUCAUUUGAUGCUUCCAGAAACCAGAGAAAUCUAUGAAUUAGAGAAAUUAUGGACCCUACGUUCUUAUGAUGACCAGUUAGCUCAGAUAGCACCUGAGACGGUACCUGAAGACUUCAUUCUUGGAAUAGAAGAAGAUGAUACUUCAUUUGUGACUCCAGUGGAGUUCAAAUGUGAAUAAAAUAUUUUAUGCACUGCUUUAGUCAUUUCAGAUUUGGAUUGAGUCACUUAUUGGAAAAUACAGCUCCUAAAGCCUGUCUCCUUGGUUAGGCUGCUCUUAGGAAAGGCUUGUCUACUUCAUGGGCACUCCUGCUAAAUGACAUGCAGAGACUGUAGAUAAGUGGGCUAAUACCUGCAACCAAAAAUCAGUACACUCUACCCAAAACUUAUGACACGCUGCCUUUAUCCUAGAAAUAUCAGAAUUUCCUGGAGUUAGUUAGCACUGGCUCCUGUGAUUGAGUUCUCUGCUCAGAUUUUUAUUAAUUUAGCUUAAAUGUAAAUCUUAAUCCCGUUUAAUGGAAUGGCAAAAAUUUUAGAAAGUAACAUAAAAUGUACCACCAGCCCACUGGUCCUAUUUUUAUACUUUUUCUUUGAGGUGAUAAUAUUCUUCUAGGAGGACUUCUGUAACCCUUCCACAAUACUCCAGUAACUAACAAAAGAAAGUAAACAAAGUGUUAGGAAAAACUCUGAAAGCUCUAGUUCUUAGUUCAUAUGCAAGAGUAUUAUCAAGGUUCACAUUAAGUACCAUGGCUGGACAUGGUAUAACAGAAAUCCGUCUAUAGAGUUUGAAAAACUCAUUCAGAAUGUUCACAUAAAAUUGAAAACCAAAAAUAAAAUGUACUACACAACAAGUUGCACCUAAAUGAUGAAAAACUUUAUUCUGCGUCAAGAUACCUGGAAAAUGAAGCUGCAUUUGGGGCACAUUAUACAUGAGGAAUGAUCCAUAUAUGGUGAGUACAAAACUCAAUUAUAGAAUUAUUUCUUAGCUAGUACCAGAUACUCCAAAUUACAAAUGCUUAAGUAAAAGUAAAAUAUGAUUUGCCAUACUAAAAGGCUAGAAGUGAAAUAUGACAGAAUUUAAACCAGCAGAUAUAAAUGCAGCACCUAUGUGUAUAUUUUUAAAAAAUGAAAUAUUGGGGAAAAAAAAUAUUGAGAAAAGCUCUGGCCUUAAACACAUCUCACCUGAAAUCCAACCAGAAAGCCAGUCCAUGAUUUUAGCAAUUUUAAUUCAUUGUAUGAAAAAAAAAAAUUAUGAAUGCUAGGAGAAUCCAGUGACAAAAAGGGCACUUUUUUGGUUAAAACUACAAAAGAAACUUGUUUUGUGAGAACAUUAAGGAAAACAUUUUAAAUCAUUUUCAAAAUGUCUAAUUGAUAUGAUCUUCAGAAAAACAGUCUGUAUAGAAAUUCAUCUUAAGAAUGAGGCAGUGAUUUUUUUUAAAGGGAUAUAUAUAUAUAUCCUUUAGAUCAGUGUAAUAUGACUGUGAUCAUCUUACAAACAAAACUCAAAAUCAAUUCAGAGAGCAGCGUGGCCUUGGAGACCACCCACACCCAACACAAUUGUACACACUGGGCUUUGCUGUCAAGCUAAGGAGUGAGCAAAUGAGUUUGGUAUCAAAGGUCAUAUGUUUUCAUAGUCAUUCAAAUUAUAUCCCAAAAACUUUUCUU